AUGUCGUCUCGUUUCUGCAUGAACUGGAUUCUUCUGAUCCUGUUUACAGGCCCCAUGGUAUCGGGAUCACUUGUGAAAGGAAAUGUUGGUCAGAAUAUCACUGUGCCCUGUUUUUACAGUGUUAAGGGGACACAAGACAUCACAUCAAUGUGUUGGGGUCGUGACAGCUGCCCUGUUUCAAAAUGUUAUCGGACCAUUAUCUGGACAGAUGGGUGGAAGGUGACAGAGCAGUACAACAGCAGGUAUAUGUUGAAAGGCAACCUGCUGGUGGGCGACGUGUCCCUCACAAUCGUGAACGCCGAGGAAGCAGACAGUGGGAUAUACUGCUGCCGCGUGGAGAUCUCAGGGUGGUUCAAUGAUCAGACAAGUAAUCACAAGGUUGUGAUAGAGAAAGCUAGGAUCUCUACUGCAAGUCCUCACACUUACACCUCUGAACAGACCUCAGCUCAUGGGAGUGCCAGUGAAUCAUCCUUUACCAUCACAAGAACGUGGCCAUCAGUUUCUGCUUCAGAAGCUCCUCAGACUGCCUCUGGUCCCUGCUCAAGCACCUUGGACCGCUCGAAUGUAACCUCAAACCUGCAGAACGUGUCUGUAUCACUUCCCAGCCAGCAGUAUUCAGAAAAUGGGCUAUACAUUGGGAUUGGUUUAUGUGCGGUACUUCUAGUCAUCCUUAUUUUGGCUCUGUUCCUCACUAAACAAUAUUUAUACAAUACUAAGAAGAUGGGUGGCUUUGCAAACUUUGUUGCAUAUUGGAGACCAGAACGUGCAGGGAACCAUAGUGCCCUGGAAGAUGAGAUCCAUGCAGAGGAAAACAUUUAUAUAAUACACUAA